UUAAGAAAAAUUUGUGAAAUUGUAUUUUUAUGCCAAUAACGGGCCGGGGUCUGUGCACUAUUUGCAUGAACGGAGAAGCGCGUGGCGCGCUGUCAUUUGAGUGCGCGUAAAAAGGCGCUGGACUCACAUUACAGCCAUGAGCAGUGGGCACGUUCAUGUGAAAUCUUCCUGAUGCGGACAUCUCCUUGGUCAGAGUUACUUCUAACGGACAGUGCUUUCCAUCAUGUUACCCAUCGCCCUCGUCCUGUUUUCACUGCGUAUUUACAGUGCGUUUUAUACGGGACCUUUGCACCCUGAAAUGUCCAACGGGACGUUUCACCACUACUUUAUCCCGGACGGGGAUUACGAGGAAACCGAUGACCUGGAGAAAUGCCAGCUGCUCUUCAGAUGGCCGGAGCGCAGACCGUGUCCACUAGAGCAGGACCAGAACGCGAUUAUCCGCGAGGAUUUUAUCAUCGUCAAACAACAGAUAGAAGACGCGGCGCGCGUUUUGGAGACCCUUGGAAUAACAAUUUCCUACGACCUGGACGGCGAGGACAGUUAUGGAAAAUAUCUGAAUAGGGAAAUUGUGCAGAUCAACGACGCUUUUACCAACGUGGAGAAGUCGCUUCGGGAGCUCGAGACGAAAUUUAAGCAAAGUCAGGAGACUGAACAAAGAGAAGAGAGCGAGUUCAAUAACUUCAUCCAGCCCAUGUAUAACGUGAAAGACACACUCCAGGAGACUUUGGACAUCUCAUCCGGACUAAAGGAUAAACAUGAACUCCUCUCUUUGAUCAUCAGGAGCCAUGGAUCGAGAUUAAGCCGGCUCAAAAACGACUACCUGAACGUUUAGACUCCAAGUUGAACUGUUAUUUUAUCAUCUUUAAUUUCCAAAUGAUUUGAGGGUGACUUGGAAAUCAUUUAUGUUUUAUUUGGGUUUGCAUAGGAUUUGUGCUUUAUGAUUUUUGAAGAUGAAAUGUUUUAGUCCAAUAAUUUAAAAAAUGAAUAAGAAAUGAUUUAUUCUUGCUUAAUAUUUUCAUUUCAGUUUGCGCAUAUAUGUAAAAGUGUCCAAAGCUACUAUACAGCCUGCGCUGGUUAAUAAAUAGCUCUAUAUUGCAACAACAGCACAUUUCACUUUUUACAAUGUAACCAAAACCUUUCAUGAAUAAGUGACUUAUGUUUUCAGAAUGGGUUAUUUUAGUAAUCAGUCUUCAGUUUGUUAGGCUCCUUUAGCUGUCUGCGGCUGACAAGAUUGAGCUUUUAGAGAUCUUUGGUUGAGAUUUGGCAUUUCCUGUGCCAUUAGAACAGGAAUGUCUCUUUCUCUUUCUGCCAUGUGGAAGAUUAAUCACAGUCAGCAGAAAUAUGUAAAGAAACACUAUCUCUACCUCCAGCCCCUGCUGGUGAACAAUUUUAACCUUUAUACAUUUAAAUCUUAAAAUAAGACUUGCUGGCUAAAAUAAAUCCUAAAUCACAUUGAUAUA